UGUUUGGCGGGAGAGGGAGAUUUCUCCAGGCUGGUCUGGGUGAAAGGAAGCUACAGCCGUUGUCAGUAUGGAGGAUUCCCGCUAUCCUAUCAACGUCCGGAUCAUCGGCAUCAUGUACAAAGAUAAGAGUAAAGUGUACAUGGCAUCAGUGCUGUGGUCAGAUAAGACUGAAUUGGUGGUCUACAGAUCCCUCCAGGACUUCAGGAAGUUUCAUAGGCAUCUGAAGAAGAACAUUUCAGUGGAGAACCCUUUUGGGAAAAAAGGAAGAGUUCUACCAAGAUUUGCAGGUCGGAUGAUGAAGGUAAGCCUGCAGAAGAAGACUCCAGCCCGGGCUGUGCACCGUGUGAAGGCCCUGCAGAAAUACUGCACUGAACUGCUGAACUGUGACCCCAGCAUCACUCAGGCACCCGACCUCAUUCGGUUCUUCCAGCCCAAGGAGCACGAGCUGCAGCCGGAGUUUGUACAAAACAGUGUGAUGAUUUUCCAGUCUGAUGACAUCCCUAACGGGCAGACAGGAAGCGACUUUAACAUCGGACACGUGACUCAGCCGUUUGUCCCCAAAACAUAUCGCUGUGUGGCUCCGUAUGAAACCAAGGACACCAAGAACAGACCCUUUAAAGUUGCUGUGGAUGAAACGCUUGACGUGCUCAUCAAAGAUCAAGCAGGCUGGUGGCUGGUGGAGAAUGAGGACAAGUGCUUAGCCUGGUUUCCGGCCCCCUACCUGGAGUUGUGUGAGGAUGAUGAGGAAGAGGAUGAGCUGGAUAUGGCAGUUGCUGAGAGAUCUCUGUACUGUGCUGUAAGGAGCUACACCUCUAAAACAAAGGACGAGCUAUCGGUGACCAUCGGCGCCGUGCUGGAGGUGCUGCAGAAGUCUGACAAUGGCUGGUGGCUCGCUAGGUAUAACGGAAAGACAGGUUACAUUCCAUCCAUGUACCUGCAGCCGUACACCAGCCCCACCCUCAGCCUGCAGAAGAAGCUCUACAGCUCCACACUCAACCUGUCCACCACACGCACCCUUCUGCAGAAUAUAUCCUUCUCUGCCCAGCCUCAGGAGCACUCAUUCAGACUGAAGAGCCUUCACAAGUCACGCUCUGUAGAGGUGCUCUCUGAGCCUCCAGCCCAUCCCAGCUCUCAGGUCCAGCACAUUGAAUCUGACAGCCGAAAGAGCAGCAUCAGCGGCAUCAGCGAUGAGACCAACUUCAGCUUCAGCUCCUCCAGCUCUCUGGGUCUGAGCUUCUCCAGCUCUUCUGAGGGGGAGGAGACCCUGAAACUAGCAAAGAAAGAUCCAGAAGUAGAAAGUGGCGACAGUGGCCUUUCUGAGGAGCAGCCCACCAGGCCGAGUAGUGCCGAAGCCAGAAGCUCGUCCAGACUUGGCCCCAGAGUGCCGCCUCGCCCACAGACCCAGGAGAUCCUCACCCGCUGCACCACCUAUACUCGCAAAGCAGCCUUGGCCAACCAAACUCGCCUGUUCCCUGAGAGAUUCGAGAUCAAAGCCCAAGAUGUUGGAAGAGAUUAGAUAAGAAGCGUAUAGAUAAAAAAAAAUAACAGCACACUGUUUUAAUACUGGACUUCUGUCAGGCUUUAGUUAACUGUUGUCUGGUAUUACUGUUGUCUUUAUUGUGAAGAGAGCAGAUUGUAGGAGGUGAGUAGGGUAAUGAUACGUUAUUGUGAUUAAUAUGUUUAAUUUGAGUACAUGUUAUGAAUAUUAGGGAUGCACCAAACACAA